GGAAAGCCGAAAUAUGCGGCAUUGGGUCCCAUCACGAAUCACGCCUGACAACAUUUUGAAGCGCAGUUUAAUUAGACCUGCGCACCACUUAACCUGGCGUGGACACGGUCUCCAAGGUAUAAAAAGGGGCGGUCAGAUGAGAGGCUAGGGCACACAGAGGACCUUAAAUUUGCCGACUAUUAAAAGCGAAAUGGAUUAGAUUAAACUUUUCUGUUAAUCGAACCGGUUGGGAGUUCGAUUCUCGUCAGCAGAAGAAAACAGCAACAGGUACAGCAAAAUAAUUAUUGUGUAAAAUUGAGGGAUUAUGAGUGGUGGGCACAUGAAGGAAGCAGGGGAUCACUCCAAGGUGGUGCUGCGGCACCUGCCUCCCAUGCUUUCGCAAUCUGCUUUGAAGGACCAGAUUGAUGCACGGUUUGCCGGUCGCUACAACUGGUUUUAUUUCCGACCCGGCAGAACCAGCCACAGGAAUCAACAGUAUUCCCGGGCCUAUGUUGAUUUUACGAGAUUGGAAGAUGUUAUUGAAUUUGCACAGGCUUUUGAUGGGCAUGUUUUUGUCAACGAAAAAGGUUCACAUUAUAAGGCUAUUGUGGAGUAUGCACCUUCGCAACGAGUACCAAAAUCUUGGUCCAAGAAAGAUGGUCGUGAAGGGACAAUAUUUAAAGAUAUUGAAUAUCUGGAAUUCUUGGAAAUCCUGGCAAAACCUGUGGAAAAUCUUCCCAGUGCAGAGGUACAGCUGGAAAGGAGGGAGGCUGAAAGAGCAGGACUUGGAGCAAAAGACAACCUCAUAAUAACACCAUUGAUGGAUUAUGUGAGACAAAAACGAGCUGCCAAGAGUGGAUCCCAGCGAUCAGCAGCAUCAAGUGGGAAGCUAGGGAGAAGGGCUGGAGGGGCUUCUGCAGCAACUUCUAGUGCAGUGGGUCGAAGAGGGCUUGGAAAGAGGCGAACGGCUACGUAUGUCGUGAGGGAUAAUACAAGGACUGCAAGCAAUAAGGAUAAACCAACUUAUAUCUUAGUUCCACGGCGAGAAGAUCAGCAACACCCUGAGUCAGAUCUGUCAGUACAAGUUGUUUCGAACACAGACUUUGUUGAAGAGGAUCCUGUAAGAAAUAUAGCUACAAUAUUUGAAGGGACAACAAUUGGAGGGGAUAGAUCAGGUGAAGCUGGGAAGAGAAAAGUGCUGCUCUUGAAAAAUAAAGACAGAGAGCCCAUGAAUGGGCAUAUUGGUGAGACAUCUUCACCAAAUGGUACAAGUGUUGGGGAUUCACCCCAAAGACGACUCUCAACGAUCAAAAGUUUUUCUUCUGCCCAACAGAUUGGUGGAGCAUUAAAUCAACAGGGUGUAACGUCACCUCUAAAAGGUUCUCCAGGAACGUUAAGCUUCAAGCAGAAUCAGCGUCGUGAUGCUAGUGGAAGAAUCACAAGAGGCAUACUUAUGAGCAAAGAGCUUCAAGAAUCUCCACAGUUGCUAUCAACCUCGCAAACUGAGCAGCAAAGUCAACUAUCAUAUACACACAGGGAUGAGAAGGUCACAGCAAAUGGUUGUGCUGUUGCAACUCUAGCUGUAAGACAAGACAGACGGAUGAGGAACAAGGACAGGCCCGAUCGUCCUGUUUGGACUCCCCGCCGACGGGCUGAUGGAACUAUGAGUGCAGAUGAAUCUCAAUCAUGUCUUCAUUCUGCUUCUGCACAGGCAUCAUCAGAUGUGAAUGUACCCAGAAGAUAUCAAGCUAACCUUGAAGGGCUAAUCCAAUAUCAACAGGGAGUAGCAUCAGGGCUCCCAGAUACUGUAAAAGAUGAUACUUUACAGAUGGAUAAUUCUGGCAGUAUUUGGUCCGAGGCCUUGGAGCAAUCACAAAAUUUUGAGGCAACAGGGGCUGUAGUUCACAAAAAUAUUGAUGUGGUUUCUCUGUCAGAGCAGUGUACAUUUCAAGAAGAAAAGAGCGAGAUGAUGACGGCAAGCAGGACUGGAGAUUGUAAAGGCCAAGGAAUUGGACGGAAUAAUUUUGCUGGAGAAAAUGAUAACUGUUCUCAAGCAGGGAAUUACAGACAAGCUAUGAGACGCCUUCCAGCAUCAGGAAUGAAGGAAUUAGAUAGUUCCCUCAGUGUAUCUGAUACAAAAUCUCCCAAGCGGGGUGGUAUUUUGGGCUAUGGAAGCCAUGAGAAGCAGGUUUGGGUUGCUGUUCAGAAAUCAGGUUCUGGUUCUUAAGUUGUUGGAAAUGAUUGUGGAAGCUAUGCAACUGGGUAUAAUGUGGGUUGUUGGCUGUGGUCGGUACCUUCAAUUUCGGCAUUAUGGUGACUUGUACAAGCUAUUCAUUUCUAAUGUAUUGAAGUAUGCCACUGGCAUUUUUUCAGUCGGUAAAGCAUAACAGGUCUGGCAGAAACAUGGACAUACAGCUGGUGAGUCCAGGGAGCUUUGUGACUGCUACACAAAUAUGGUUGCAGUCUAGCUCUGGUCCACCGGCUUGGACUGUCCAAGUGAUAAAUUUACAAGCUGGCAAUUUUAAUGGUUUAUCUGGUUGAGACCAUUUGUUUUGGGAGAUGAUGAUCUUUAUGUUGAUUGUACUGGAAAGUACAUAUAUACCUGGAUUAGGAGGAUGGUUAUUUGCUGGAUUGGCCUAUUACUGGUGCAUUUUUUUGUCAAAGCAUCUCUGGUGGCUUAAAAUUGUCAUCUUUAUUCCAGUAAUGAUGGUGGUAUGUAUUAAAUAAUGUACAGAAAUUAUACAAUUCCAGUAUACAGGCUUUACCCCAUGGAAAUGCAAGUGGGUUCUGGCUAUAACUUUUCAUGUUUGGCAGAACUGGAUUGUAGAGUAAAGUUUAAUUCUCAUGCACAAUUUCUGCCUUGAGACGGGGGUUCCUAGCCAAGUAAUUUUUGCUUCUAUGCUGAGGAUCUGCCUAUGUCUGGAAAAAAAUCAGCAUGUUAUUGCUCAUCUGCAGACGUGUGUAAGCAAUUGAACUUUACAAUCAGGUGCAUCCUUCAACCAAUCAGCAUCAACCAAAGGAGUCCCAAUUCUAAUAGUUUGUUUUUUUAUCACUGCUGACCUGUAGAGCUAAGUUGGAUAUAUGCGAGUUGGACUGUUUAUGAAUUCCAUGAAAGUUUCAGUCAAGAAAUGUAUUCAAUAGAAAUGAGACUUAUAGAAUACUACCUAAAUAAAGCUUUUCCGUGAGUUUGGCUUAUAUAUAAA